AUGGCUACCCCUGCGCCGCCCAAGCCCAAGCAUGACUGGGCCGACGAUGAUGAUAUCGAGGAGCCGUCCAUCGACCUACCACCACCACAGACCAUCUCCAACAAGGACGGAACCAAAACCAUCAUCACAUUCCGAUACAACGAUCAGGGACAGAAAGUGAAGACGACCCGUCGUGUCCGUUAUGUCACACACAAGGAAACCGUGAAUCCUCGAGUCGCGGACCGCAAAACUUGGUCAAAAUUCGGUCUCAGCGCAAAGGAUGGUGCUGGACCUGCCCCCGACACCACAUCCGUUGGUGAGAACAUCAUCUUCCGGCCAAGCAUCAACUGGCGCAAGGAUGCCAAGGACGACAGUCAGGACCCCAACUCCCAAUCGAUGAAGGACAAACUCAAGGACAAGAAGGUCAAGUGCCGUAUCUGCAACGGGGAGCAUUUCACAGCCAGAUGUCCUUACAAGGAUACCAUGGCCCCUAUCGGAGAGACUGCUGCCGCAGACGCCGCAGCUGGUGGGGGAGAGGAGCCUGGAGCCUCAGGUGCCGGUGCCGGUGGCGCCAAGAAGGGCUCUUAUGUUCCUCCUGCUCUCCGAGGGGAUCGUGCUGGGGCUGCCGGCGAACGGAUGGGAGGCUCCAAGUUUGGGGAAAGAGACGAUUUCGCCACUCUGCGUGUCACCAACGUCUCGGAAAUGGCGGAGGAAGGAGAGUUGCGGGAUAUGUUUGAGCGGUUCGGAAGAGUCACCAGAGUUUUUCUUGCCAAGGACAGGGAAACAGGGAUGGCCAAGGGAUUCGCUUUCAUCAGCUUCGCAGACCGCGAUGAUGCGGUCAAGGCUUGCAACAAGAUGGAUGGAUUCGGUUUCAAGCAUCUCAUCCUCAGAGUCGAGUUUGCCAAGAAGGCCCAGUAG